AGCUGCCAGCGGGGUGGCUGCCGCCGCGGGUUGUUACAGCUGCUGGAGCAGCCGCGGCCCCGGCCCCCAGGCACCCCUCCUGGGCCCUAGACCGCCGGCCCUGUACGAGCAGCGGCACGAGAGGGGCGGCAGGAUGAACGUGGGCACGGCGCACAGUGAGGUGAACCCCAACACGCGGGUGAUGAACAGCCGCGGCAUCUGGCUGUCCUACGUGCUGGCCAUCGGGCUUCUCCAUGUCGUGCUGCUCAGCAUCCCCUUUGUCAGCGUCCCUGUUGUCUGGACCCUCACCAACCUCAUCCACAACAUGGGCAUGUACAUCUUCCUGCACACGGUGAAGGGGACACCCUUCGAGACUCCGGACCAGGGCAAGGCGAGGUUGCUAACCCACUGGGAGCAGAUGGACUAUGGGGUCCAGUUCACAGCGUCUCGGAAGUUCUUAACCAUCACACCCAUCGUGCUGUACUUCCUCACCAGCUUCUAUACCAAGUAUGACCAGAUCCAUUUCAUCCUCAACACUGUGUCCUUGAUGAGUGUGCUCAUCCCCAAGCUGCCCCAGCUCCACGGAGUCCGGAUUUUUGGAAUCAAUAAGUACUGAGGGCGCAGCCCCUUCCCCUGUCUGGCUGGCGGGGGGAGGAGUAGGAGCCUGUGCUGUGAUGCUGAAGACAGAAGGAGCCUCUGGAUCCUGCUAGAGAUGGGGGUUGAGCCUCUGGGCCCUAGUUUCCCCCCUCACUUCCCCCGGUAGCCGACUUGAAGUAGCUUGUAGUGGGGUUCGGGUGGGCCCCCCCAGGUCUCUGACCCUUUCUGAUUUUUUUGAUCUUUUCCUUUUGCCUUUUGGAUAGAGACUUCGUGGGGGCAGUCAUGGAAUGGGCUGGGCUCCCGGCUGAAUGCAGACAUGUGAGGUUGGGACAAGAGAAAUCCCCUGCUCACUUGCUCAUCCUCAGACUGCUAAAGCACUUUAACCCCUGCAAGGGGAGCAGGGGGUUACGGUACAGCUUCUGGAUGGUUUCACUUUAAUUCAUAAGUCUUUAGGAUGACGCUCAGUGUGUGCUCGUAUAUAUAAAAGCAAGCGCAUGACGGUGCCUCAUUCCUCUCUGUAGAGAACUGACUAUUGCAAGUCUCAUGCUUUUGGCAGCUCCCCUCCCACCCACCCUG